GCCUGCGCCAGCCUCGCGAGAGGGGACGGCGCGCGCCGAGGGCCAAACGGCUGAGGCGGCGCGUGCAGCGCGUUGCCGCGCGACGUCCCAAGCAAGCGGCCGUUGGAGGGCGGCGCGCGCAUGGCCAAGCUGGUGCUGGCGGGCAGGGCAAACUGCCCUCACUAUGCCAAAGCGGAGCUCCUGGCUGACUACCUCCAGGCUAACUUGCCGGACUUCAGGGUUCACAAGAUCACCCAGCACCCUGACAGGUGGGAGCAGUGGCUCCGUGACAUUUGUGAAAUGAAUGGAUGGGAGCACAGACGAUCUCCAAUCAUUUGGAGAGAACUGUUGGACCGUGGAGGGAAGGGUUUGCUUCUGGGAGGAGUUAAUGAUUUUCUGGAAUAUGCUCAGCACUAUUAUGGCAUCACCUCAAUGAUGUUGAGUGAGGAAAUGUUAGACAUUGCUGAGGAGAACCUACAGGCACAUGUGGAAACUGAAAAAGAGGAGGAAGAGAUUAGAAAUCUUACCAACCCUUUGCAAAUCUGGAUCACCAGUUUAAGUGAGGGAUGUGAACAGGUGUCAAUGAGCUCACCAGAUCACCUUGGAGGGAAAAACAAUGCAUCAGCUCCUAUAUGCUAUCAGCUGAUACCUCUGUUGGCGAAUGGAGAAGUGUUUGGGAUGACCACAGAAAUCAGUAUCCAUUUGCUUGACACUGACGAGUUUAAGAAUGUUCUUUGCGGUAUUGUAAUGGAAGUGGAAGACAUGGCAUUCCCACUCCUCCAUGGUAUUUCAGAGCACACUGAAAUAGAUAAGGCUUUUCUUCAAGCUGACGUUAUCAUUGUUCUUGAUGAUAUCCUCUUAAAACGUGAAGUCCAGUCCCUUGAGAACUACAUCAGAGAAGUGAGUGAGAUCUGCCAUGUGUAUGCUCCCCUGAUUGAGAAGAAUGCAAAGAAAGGGGUCAGAGUAAUUUCAGCAGGAAAAACCUUUGUAAACCUUAAGGCGAUGAUGAUUAUCACAUAUGGCCCAUCCAUUAAUCCUGAAAAUGUCAUUGCUGUUGCAACAGCCUGGGAAACUGCAGCUAAAGCCAUGCUGGCCAGGAAGCUGAAUAUGAAUGCAGCAGGAGUUAAAGAUGUGAUUGUCUGGGGCAAUAUUACUGGCUGUAACUACAUUGACUUGUCACAUACAAAACUUUACAGAUGCGACAGUGCUGUUUGGGGCCCAGCUAAUUUUUCACGUCCUUUGAUGAAUUUGAUUUAUGAUAGCAGAUGGAUCCAUUCAGAAUUUCUGUCUGCACGGAGUUCAUUGAGUUCCCGCGUCUGUUAUUGUGCAGGAAUGUUACCCGCUCAUGCAGUAGCUACUGUACUAAGAUACUGGUUUCAUGGUUCUCCUCCUGGGGAGAUUGUUUCUGUGGGAAUACUUAGUAAAGGUCAGUUUUGCAUUCCUGAAGGGAUUGUCUUUUCUAUGCCAGUGAGGUUCCAGAAUGGUAGCUGGGAAGUCAUGACAGAAUUAGAAAUUAAUGAAAAAACACAGGAAGCUCUGGAACGCUUAUCCCAUGAUGUGAUACAGGAAAAGCUCAUUGCACUAGAGAAAAUAAAAGAAAUGCAUCCAUACGGACGUGAUAAAAUCACUACUAAAAAAGAAUUGCGUCAAGGGAUGGAAACCUUUCCUGCUGGCUCGGUUUAGCCAGAGAUGUCUUCAGGAGAAAAUGGUGAAAAUUCACAUGCUAAAACAAACUACAGAGAAAUGCUAAACAUUGUAAUUGCUUUUAUAUUGCCUUCUUCAUCCAAAAGCUGCGAGUCUGUAGGCAGAAAAAUAUCUCAAAAACAGUGUAAAUAUAACAGUUUUAAUCUGGUGACUAAAACAAAACUUCUGACUUAUGAAUGAGUCUAGAAUCUCAUUCAUGACCAACAAAUAACUUACUUCAAACAAAUAAAAUCUUUCAAAAACAUCUUUUAAGGUCUGAAAAGUACGUACUAGGACAAUUUUGAUCAAAGUUGUCACACACAGUAGUAGUUUCAUAAAUUCAACACAUUUCCACCUCUUUUGGUAGUUGCAAAUGUAAUGAAAAACAGUUUUUGUGUGAGAAUGUGUAUUCUCAGGCAAGACUGAUAUUUAACACAACAGUUUAACUGCAUGCAUCUUCUUAGUGACAAGAUCAUUUUUGUCUACAUGAUUCUAUUUCAUUAGUUUUGUAGGGACUGCUCAUAUGUUUCAAGUCAGAUAUACAAUUAAUUAGUCCUUGGCUAAACAGGGUUGUUGAGGAACUACUUUCAUUUGCAGGUCUUCAGUGCCUUAAAAGAUGGAGACUGUGUUAAAUGAAAUAUCAUUGUACCUGCUAAUUUUUUAUCAGAUGUGAAUGUUUAAAGCAAAAUAAAAAGUUUCAUGUUCUUUGAAUCUGAUAUAUGCAAUUGAAAUAAAUUCGUUAUUUCUGCUCGUGUGGAGUUUCAAACUCUUAGCAGGGAUAGACUUCAUGUCACUUGAGGAAAGCAAGAGGAGUUUAUUUGUUCUUUACCAGUAGAUAUGGACAGAAUGAGGAAGGAUGCUAUCAGUAAUUUUUAUAAACCAUACCUGGUUUAUUUCAUGGCUUACUGUUCUCCAAGAUGAGAGGAAAAGUUAACUUCUCUAAAACAUAUUUGAAUUUAUUUUUUUUCUGUGUGGAAUAUGAUUUGGCAGUCCUUUUAACAUUUGAUUUCUUUUAUUCUACCUGUGGAAAUACUAGUUUAACCGACUGGGCAUUUCAAACACCAACACUGCACAGCUGUUAAUGAGAAAUACAUUGCAGAAACAGUUCGUAUCUAAGCAGGCUUACUGGACUUCUGAGUCACUACUUGAGACCACAAAUUUCAUCUCAGAGAUUUGAAGGAGAAAGACAAAACAAAUUGUCUUGGAUGUCUCUUAUAUCCUAAAUUAUUCUAAUGAGGUGUGCCUAGUGGCCUGGAAAGAAAGGAAAUUGGGAUCUCUCCUCAGGGAAGCAUAACAGAAUGGGAACUGAAGUUUCUUGGCUUUUGCCUAAGAGAGAAAUAAUGAACGAAAAUAAUGGGAAAUCUAAAAUAUGGUAAUAUAUUCAAAGUUGGUUACAUAGUGAUAGACUUGUAGAAAACCCACAAUUGUCAAUACAUGACUAAGUAAUUUCUGGUACAUGUUUUCUUUGAAGUUACUGAGUAAUGAUGCAUAUGUAGGAUAUGCUUAGUGUUGACUAAUUCUACAUUGAGAAAUGAAUGAAAAAGGGCCUUAAGAUAAAU